GUCGUUGUGUGCUCUUUUCUUUCUUUUGUUUCAACAAAAAAUUUUGAACACUGAAACCCUGAUUGGGAAGCGCGCAGAAGACACAAACUUGCGGCGAACACAUGAAGAAACCGAAGCAAACUCUGUUGAGCCCCAAUUGGGUUCAACUUCAACAAAAGCUGAAGCUGAAUGGCUCCAAGGCUUCAAGGACCUUCAAAACUUCAGAUGAAGACACCCCAGAAUCAAUAUUGGGGAAACGUAAAGAGAGACCAGAUGAUGAAUCCAAUGAUUGUCAGAUUAAUCCUCUUGUUCCUGUAAAUGACGAUUCAAGUCUGACAGAUGCAGUGGCCAUGGAUUGUGAAAUGGUUGGCGUAGGUCAAGGAAACAAAAGUGCCCUUGGAAGAGUAACACUGGUCAAUAAGUGGGGAAAUGUUAUUUAUGACGAGUUUGUCCGGCCAAUUGAGCGAGUUGUUGACUUCCGCACUAAAAUUAGUGGCAUAAGACCUCGAGAUCUUAGAAAAGCAAAGGAUUUUUGGGCUGCUCAGAAGAAAGUGGCAGAGUUGAUCAAUGGAAGGAUCCUUGUUGGUCAUGCCUUGUCCAAUGAUCUUAAGGCAUUAUUAUUAAGUCAUCCCAGAAAAGAUAUACGGGAUACUUCUGAGUACCAACCAUUUCUAAAGUCAAGUAGCAGAAGAGCACUGCGGCAUCUUGCUGCCAAACAUCUUGGUGUUAACAUCCAAACAGGAGAGCACUGUCCAAUAGAAGAUGCUCGUGCUGCCAUGCUGCUUUACCAAAGAAAUAAAAAAGAAUGGGAGAAGAGCAUAAAAGAUCAAUUUCGGUUGAAACAGAAGCAAAGGAAAUCAAAGCAAAAAAAGAAGCUGAAGAAUGAACACACUUCAAAUGGCAACCAUGUUGAAAUUUGAUCAUAGCAUUGGGUGCCCUUUAAAAAACAUCUGGUCAGGGAACCUCUCCUUCAAUGGUUAUUGUAUUGCUUAAAUUUGAAUUCGAAAUGCAGUUUAAAGAAUUAGUUUUUUCAUAGUUAUAGGAUCAAUAUUUUUGCAGUAGCUCCGAGUAUAAUUCGUAGGAAUUGCACUUUCUCUCCCAAGUAUAAUUGGUAGGAAAACGCUGUUUUCAGUUUUAGUGGGUAAAGGUUAUGAUGUACUACUAUAAAUUAAAUUUGUAUGUAUCGUUAUUUCUUGUUUUAGAGAAAAAGUUCGGGUUAUAAGAGUUUUUAUUGUGA